CGCAAAUGUUUUCCUCAACGAAUGGCGUAAUACAGUUCUAUUUAGAGUUUUUUACUUGUAAAAUUGCUUUAGAUGAUCUUUUUGUGUUGUAAAAAUUGGUUUCAGUUUGCUUAGCCUCAUCACAAAGUUUUUAUAGAUGCUUAAAUAAAAAUUUAUAAUGACACUAAAAUUUUUUUCUGUGGUUUCACUAUAUUUCUUUCUGUUGACUUACUACAAAAGCACGGCAAUCAAAGUAACUAACAGUCUAAGACAUCGCUUAGACUCGGCUAUACUAAAGAAUAAACAAAACGUGGUGGUAUCCCCUCUGGCUGUCCACUUUGCCUUAUGCAAGCUAGCUACAGCAGCAUCAGGACUAACCAAAGACGAUCUACUCGCUACGCUGGGAUACGAUGCGCCAGAAUUGAUUGAAACAUGCUACGCUACCGCACGGGAACCUUUUAGCGAACUGGCACGCAUCGAUUUCAUUAUGUUCAACAAAGUUUUCGUAAAUUAUACUAAAAAUAUAAAUUCUACGUUCUACAGAAGUAAAAUAAACCACGGAGCCGACGUGGAACCAAUCGGCUUUAACUACCCAACUAUAGCAGCCAGCUUCAUCAAUAACAUGCUAGACAAGACCACUUUGAGGCGAAUAACUAGUAUAAUAGAGGGUACAGAAAUUACCAAAGAGACAUCCAUUCUGCUGCUAAGCGGAGUGUAUUUCAAGGUGACUUUGGAGUAUCCGUUCGAUACGACUAAGACGAAGAGGAUGAUAUUCCGCCAUGAGAACGGGACGAGAACUCCUGUUCAUAUGAUGAUGAAGGCAAAUGCCUUCCGAUACCUCCAUGAGCCUGAGACGAACGUACAGUUUGUGAAUACGAAGCUAGCCAGUUUCGGCGUCUCGAUCACUUUUGGCGUCCCGCGCCGGACCUCCGGCUUGCUGGCUCUACUGGACAAGAUACACGAGGAUCCCGAUUUCCUGGUACACGUGCACAUGGCAAUGCACGUCCAAGAUGUCAAGCUGAGAGUACCCAGGUUCAAAAUCAAAUCGAAAAUCGACCUAACGACCUAUAUCCAAAAGAUGGGCCUGCAAAGUUUAUUUAACAGAACUCAUUCGGGACUUAGUGGAAUAUUGCGAGUGAAUACAACGGAAAAGCCGAUGUAUUUAAGUAAAGUGAAACAAAAUUGUUUCAUUGAUUUCGACGAACUAGGCGUGUUCAGAGGCGCAUUGAAUAAUACGGCAGCGCCUCGUCGUUUUGAAGAAGGAGGAAUGGAUGUGACGGCGGAUAAACCGUUUUACUUCUCAAUCAACUUGCAUGAGGACCCGCGGCACUAUUACACUGUGCGGACGAUAAUGAGUGGAGUGUAUAGAGGCCCUAGGGAUGGCUGGAUAACCAUAGUAUAAACAUAAUUAUGCCUACAGGACAUGAGAAACUAUGCAGAAAUGGGUUCUGUGAUUUGUCUAUAGAAUAAUAGAUAACUUGCCAAAAUACUA